AUGCUCUACUCCGCCUGCACAGCGCAGGCUGGCUGGUUCCAGACAAGACGAGCGCGGCUGGUCUCUGCAGCGCAGGACCUUGCCGACAGCGCGAGCGACAGCUUUCAAACAGAACCCCCUUCAGCGCAGCGGCCCCGCAACUCCCUACCGCGGUCGACAAAGCGCGCUGCUGCGUCGAGUUCGGCGCUGCUGUCGAAGCGUCUCCGGCUAGCCACCGAGCCUCCCAGCCUAACGACGCCGCAGCUGUCAAGGUCAAACGAGUCUGACGGGUUGGAGGAGCCUGAGCCUGAGGAGCCUGUCCGUGAACAGAUCAGCCAGGAGGAACCCGCCCAGAUCACGACUAUUACUAACAAAAAUCGCUAUACUAAGCAAGAGCGCGCUAAGAAGCUGGAGCUCAUGCGAGCGCAGAAGAAGCAGGACCUUAGAUUGGUACCGCCGCCCGAGUCGGCAUCUUGUAGGGAACACGGUGCCUAUGCCUCCAUCUCGCGCCAGGACGAGCCGUUCAUUUCAUGGAUCCUUAAGCAGCCGGUGGACGACGACGACAACCUGUACAGCAGCGCCACAGCGCCUUACCUAACAGCUUCUGGCAUGCUCAACAAGGCCCGCUCCAUUGGCAAUGCUGCUUCCUAG